UCCUCUUUCUCUUGCUCUCUCCCUUUUGUGAGUUAUAGCAACCGUUGCCUUGUGAAUCAAGCGCCAUAGUCACUGUAGUCCUGGUGACUGUUACCUAUCAACAACAACUGCUUUUCUGCUGCUCUUCAUCUUCUUCCUCAUUGUCGCCUACAACAACAGCCACCAACAGCAAGAACAACAGCAACGCAGUCCUCUGCAGCUCAGACCACGAUGCAGACAUCUGAGACUGGGUCGGACACAGGGUCAACUGUGACUUUACAGACAUCUGUGGCUGGCCAGGCAGCAGUGCCCACUCAGGUAGUACAGCAGGUAUCAGUUCAGCAACAGGUACAGCAAGUACAGACUGUACAACAGGUACAGCAUGUCUACCCAGCCCAGGUUCAGUAUGUGGAGGGAAGUGACACAGUCUACACAAAUGGAGCUAUACGAACAGCAACCUAUCCUUACACAGAAACUCAGAUGUAUAGCCAAAACACUGGGGGAAACUACUUUGAUGCUCAAGGAAGUUCUGCCCAGGUGACGACAGUGGUCUCCUCUCAUAGUAUGGUGGGCACUGGAGGGAUUCAGAUGGGUGUCACAGGAGGACAGCUCAUUAGCAGCUCAGGAGGGACCUACCUGAUUGGCAAUUCAAUGGAAAAUUCUGGUCAUUCAGUGACUAAUACAACGCGGGCCUCCCCAGCUACAAUUGAAAUGGCGAUUGAGACACUGCAAAAGUCUGAUGGUCUUUCCACUCACAGAAGCUCUCUUCUCAACAGCCAUCUCCAAUGGCUUCUAGACAACUAUGAAACCGCAGAAGGAGUGAGCCUCCCCAGAAGUACCCUUUACAACCAUUACUUACGACAUUGUCAGGAGCACAAGUUGGAUCCAGUCAAUGCUGCCUCCUUUGGAAAACUCAUACGGUCAAUUUUCAUGGGAUUACGGACCAGAAGACUGGGAACCAGGGGGAACUCCAAAUAUCAUUAUUAUGGGAUUCGUGUGAAGCCAGAUUCACCCCUUAAUCGGCUACAAGAGGACGUGCAAUAUAUGGCUAUGAGACAACAACCCAUGCAGCAGAAACAGAGGGGAAACUUGGACCAUAUCAAGGGCGACUACAUGGCUCUGGGGGUGAUAGUCAAGGGCAUGGGGGCCCAAGCAGUGGUCUCCUCAAUCAUACUGGUGAAGGGGAAGGGCUUGAGGAGGAGUGGAAGCAUCCUAUAG